GAGGAGAGGAAGUGUCUUUUCUGUGCUCUUUGUCUCUGAGUGACAGGAACUACACAGCAACAAUAACUUUACCACAGACAGAGAAAGGGAAGAGACUGCUGCAAGGAUGGAGGAGUUUAACUCUGGAGAAGAGGUUGUCUUCAAUACUGAUGAGGCCAGUGUCUCAGUUAAAGAGUGUAUUGAAGGUGUCAUCGGUGGAACAGAUUAUAAUCAGAGUAAAGUGAAUCAGUGGACAGCCAGCAUAGUAGAGCAUUCUCUGACUCACCUGGUGAAACAGGGACGGCCGUUCAAAUACAUAGUAAACUGUACCAUCAUGCAGAAAAGCGGCGCUGGUCUCCACACAGCCAAUUCCUGCUACUGGGAUACUGCCACUGACGGAAGCUGCACAGUCAGGUGGGAGAAUCGCACCAUGUACUGUGUGGUCAGUGUGUUCGCUGUGACGCUGUGACAGCAGCGCAGAGCUGCGUUCUGCUCUUCCUUCUGACACUGUCAUGUCUGAAGCUGCGCUUUGAAUGCCACCCUGAUCAAGACGCCACGAAGAUCCUCCGUUGGAAGUUAUCGUACAAGUAGCUUAUUUCUCCCCACAGGCAGGAAAAACAUAACCUCAGAAUAAGAGUUGUGGUUUGUGAGUCUGCAGCCUGCAUUCAUGGCUGGGGUUGACUAUGAGAAAGUGUUGCUUUGUAGGGGCCAAAGUCAUGGUCUGGUGGACUCUCGAAAAGUGAACACUAAAUGUUGUGAUCCAUCAACUCUUUUCAUAAAUUGUCCCAAUAUCCUAUAAUCUUUCCUUAAUGUAGAACUUAGUUUGUUUUUAUAAUUUGUCUCCUUCAGUACAUUCCCAGAUUAACAGGGCUGAACUGUCGCUGUAGAGGAAAGUUGCCUAUUUAUUAAGACAAGUAGUUGUGUUUUAGUCGAUACCUGACUACUUAUGUAAAGUGUUUCCACUAGUCUGUGUUAAUUUUCUUAGUAUUAAUAUUGUGUAUAUCUGGGAUUAAGUUGUUUAAUGGUCAGUCCCAAAAACCAAGGCACUUUUUCUAGACUUUUCCUGCAGAAAUCCUGGAAUUUUUACCAGUGAGUUGUACAUUGAGUUCCUUUAAGCUGUUUUAUGAGUUACUUUGUCUGAACUGUGGAGUCAUUAAAUGUAUUCAGCAAACUUUC